GAGCUUGACAUUGGCGCAGAAUUUGAAGGGAGUCAUGUCUGAAGCGCUCUUGAGUCGCUUCGACAUCAUUUUCCUCAUGCGCACGGAAGAUGAUCCAAAUCAGGACUCUGCGGUGUCUCGGCACAUCAUCAACCAACGCAUGCACAACGCGCGCGGGGCUGAAGCACCACCGCCCGAAGAUUGGUCCAACAGUGUGGAUGCUGAAUCUUGCAGAGAGACCUUGAGGAGUCGAUUGACACAGGUAACCGGUGAUCAAGGCCUACCUGCAGAGCUCCUCCAGACCUAUCUGCGCUACGCCAAGCGCUAUGCACAGCCCAGCCUCAGCGCAGAUGCCAAGCAGAGGAUCAAGGAGUACUACCUGGAGCGCCGCGGCGCGCAAGGCGCCGUGCUGGUGACCCCCCGGCAGUUGGAGGCCCUGAUCCGCCUCAGCGAGGCCCGGGCGCGCGCGGAGCUGCGACGGAUGGUGACCAAGGCGGAUGUGGAAGACGUCUUGGAACUCAUCAAGAAUGGCCUGAAUUUUCAGGAGGAAUUCCUGCAAGUCCCUGUGAGGAAGGGCAAAUCAAAGUCGAACACCCUGGUCGACCGCUUGACGCAGUUUAUGGAUCGACGCAUGCGUGCCACCGGGAGCCGGGAAUUCCGAGAACAAGAUCUGAAAGCCAUGGCUGGAAACGUCGAGACCAAGGAUUGGGACAAGGCCAUGAAGCUCUUGAAUGAGCCGGGGACUCUUACACUUGCGGGGGCUGGCAAGUUUAUGUACAAUCCAGGGAUGAGCUGAGAGUGGGCAUGAAAGCAUCAGAUGGC